AUGGUGCGCCGCCUUCACGCCGCCUCCCGCGGCCAGCGCAGCAUCGCGGGCGGGCAGCCGGGCGCCGGGCGGCCAGGCGGCGAAGGCGGCGGCGGCCGGAGCUCCAUCGGGGCGGCCCCCCCCGCCUCCCCAGCCUCUCCGCCCGCGGGCCAGCAGCGGCAGGGGCCGAGCCGGGAGGACGCCCCCACCCACCCCCACCCACCCGCACCGCCCCGCACCGCCUGCAAUACGCUGCUUGCCGCGCGCCUCCCCAGCGCCCUCGCCGACGAUGCCCCGCCGCCGCCUUGGCAGCGCGCCGUCGGGCCCCCAGCGCGCCCACCCCACCCGCCCACCCACCCUUCCAAUCACAGCGUUGGAAGGGACCCCCAGGGCCGCCUCGAAUCAGAGCACGAUCGACAUAACGGGCCCUGGGUUCAGUUUGCACCACCAGCCACGGUGCAUCUGAGCAUAUGCCAAGUGCAAUUCCCUAUCCCUCUGCAGCGCCGCGCCGCCGCCCCGCCCCUUUCCCGUUUCGACCAAUCAGGCCGCUGCCCGCAGUUGAAGCCGAACGGCGGCGUCACGCAGGCCUGGCGGGGAAGGGAAGCCGGGGCUCUCGCGGGGACCAUGUGGCUGCUGCGCGGGGCCAGCUGCUGGGCGCUGCGCAGGUGGUACAGCCAGACUGCCAAGAGGGAUACCAUCUUUGCUUUGUCUUCUGGCCGAGGGAAGUGUGGCGUGGCUGUGAUCCGAACCAGCGGCCCGGCCAGCGGUCCGGCUGUCCGCCGCCUGACGGGGGCAAAGGAGCUGCCUCUCCCUCGAUCGGCUGCCUUGCGCCGGAUCUAUGACCCGGAGUCCUCGGAAAUGCUGGACCGGGGUCUCGUCGUGUGGUUCCCAGGGCCGGGCAGUUUCACGGGGGAAGACGUUGCUGAAUUCCACGUCCACGGUGGGCCGGCCGUGGUGAGCGGAGUCUUGGCAGCUUUGGGAUCCCUCCCUCAGCUGCGCCUUGCAGACCCUGGAGAGUUUACCAAAAGGGCCUUCCAGAAUGGGAAACUCGACCUAACGGAGGCGGAGGGGCUGGGGGACCUGAUCCAUGCAGAGACAGAAGGCCAGCGCAGGCAGGCCUUGCGCCAGAUGGGUGGUGACUUGGGGCGGCUGUACCAGCGCUGGAGCGACGCGCUCACCAAGGCCCUGGCCCAUGUCGAAGCAUACAUUGACUUCAGCGAAGACGACAACAUUGAAGAGGGGGUCCUUUCCCAAGUGGAGGCCACGGUGGAGAUUUUGGAAAGAGAGCUGAGGGCGCACCUGCAAGACAGCCGGCGUGGGGAGAGGCUGAGGGACGGUGUCCACGUCGCAAUAGCCGGGCCGACCAAUGCCGGGAAGAGCAGCCUUCUCAACCACUUGUGUCAGAAGCCAGCGGCCAUUGUCUCCCCAGUGGCAGGGACCACCCGGGAUGUGGUGGAAGCAGCGCUGAACAUCGGGGGGUUCCCGGUGGUGCUGAGCGACACGGCGGGGAUGCGGGACACAGAUGAUGCCCUUGAGAAGGAGGGCGUGAGUCGAGCUCGUGAGAGGGUACGUAGCGCGGACCUCAUCCUGGCCGUGCUGGAUGCGGCAGAGGUGGCCCAGCAGCCCAGCCGACUGGCGGACACCCUGCGGGACAUCUUGCCUCCUGCCCAGCCAGCUGAGGCCCGGCCAAGUCUGCUGGUGCUGAACAAAUCCGACCUGCUUGGAGGGCAGGACCAAGCUGAGCUCCUGGGGGCCUGCGGCCGGCUGGGGCUCCCUCCCGCUUGCCUGAUGUCCUGCAAAACUGGAGAAGGGCUCCCCGCUUUCUUGGGCACCUUCAAGGAGCAGCUCAGCCACAUGUGCGGGGACCCCCUCCUGGGUUCCCCCAGCCCCACGCAGGCGCGUCACCGGCUCAGCCUAACCAAGUGCCUGGAGGCCCUGAGCCAUUUCCGCCGACACCGGGACCUGGACUUGGCCCUGGCAGCCGAGGACCUACGCCGGGCACGCCGACUCCUCGGGCAGCUGACUGGGCAGGUGGGGGCUGAGGAGAUCCUCGCUCUCAUCUUCAAGGACUUCUGCAUUGGGAAGUGA